AUGGACCAAACUGAAUUGCUUACCGUCCCUUAUGAUGCUGUGCUCUACGCCGAAGGCAGCGAUCAGUAUCGUGACUGGGACGAUAGCCUUAAGGAAGAACAUAUGCAUGCUCUAGAAGAGUUCGUCACCGCCCAUAUUACCGAUCGCGGCCCUGCGAGAUUUGUCCAGGGCGGGAUUAGCAACGGCUCCUACAACAGGGUGUUCCGCUUCAGCUUUGAUGAUGGCGGCAGCGAUAUCGCCCUUAAGUCCCCUAAACCUGGACACUCAGCCGGAACCAUCGCCGCAGAGAAGGUCGCGAAUGAAGCCGCUUGGCUCGAAUUCUUCAAGGAAAAGACGACUAUUCCGGUCCCCCGUGUAUACAGCUGUGGCACAGAGCCCGGCCACCUCUCGCCUCUCAAGCUCCCCUACAUCUUGAUGGACUGGGUACUGGGCGAUAACCUCCGCGAUUUCCUGAGGAGCGCACCUCCGGAAAAGCUGCUGCCGACUAUCUAUCAGCAAAUCGCUUCUUUCUAUCUUGAACUCUAUCGCGUGCCGUUUAACGGCAUUGGGUCGGUCGUUAGGAACAAAACGACGGGACAGUGGAGCUUGCGACGACCCCUCACCAUCGACAUGCACCAGCUCGUUCUUGGGGUUUCGAACUACCCGACUAAUGACUGGCCUACUAGGGGAUUCACAAACGCCAAAGGCUAUCUCGAUUUUGUUUGGGAUCAGCAGUCGAAACAACUCAGGAACUUACGUAACCUGAACACCCCGUGCGAGCCCCUCAGCUCUGAGGACAUUGCACGCCUCCGUUUCGAGGCCCGAUACCGCUUCAAGCAGCUAUCUAACUCCCCCGAGUUUCGUCUACACGAUAACUUUGGGUUCCGCGCCUUUAAUCCAGAUCUCGAUCCGCGCAAUAUGACCGUCGAUCCUGAUACAGGAAAAAUCCUUGGUGUCUUCGACCUCGAGUUCACCAACGCUAUGCCGGCCCAGUUUGCUUGCGACCCGCCGCUAUCGCUAUUCACAGUACUGCCAGCCACUGCUCUUGACACAGGCUACUUUGCUUGGUUUCUACAGGAGUACAAACCUGUGCUUGAUCAGUUCCUAGACGCUAUGCAAGAACUUGAAAAACUUGAAGAACUUGAAGAACUUGAAGAACUUGACGAACUUGAAGAACUUGAAGAACUUGAAGAACUUGAAGAACUGAAGUUAAAAAAAAAGCCCUUCGGCCAGGCGCCGCUGUCUACCGUGAUGCGUAACUCCUGGAAGACUAAGCGAGUCUGGUUUAACUUUGGGCUUAACCACUCGGACCAUGUCGACGCCAUCUAUUGGGCAGUGCUCCACGACCUUCAUCUGGGCGGGAUUACGCCUGAACUCCCGGCUGAGGUGAAGGUUGAGAUGGAAAGCUAUAUACAGCAGGCUAAGGCUAAGGUCGCAGAGCAUAAUGAUGCUUUGGAUAGUUACGUGCGAAAUGAGCGCGCUGGCCUGAUUUUAUUGCUACUUAGCGACGCGGCGAAGUUGAUCAAUGAUCUGCAAAGUCAGUUGAGGCUAGUAACUUACUUUGAACGAACAAAGGCACAGCUUGGACCUCGGCAACUUGAGUCAAAUGUCUUGAAUAAAUGUGCCCCAUUCAUUCGAGCAGUCAACGACAGCGUCAACAGCGAUACAUUUUGCUCGGAGGUUUCGAAACUCUCUCUGCAGGAGUUGGCGUUUUGCUCCAUCAGUUUCAGCGAGAGGCAAGUUCAGAUGAUUCGCCAGUUCUUUAAAGCUUCACAUGUGCGGGCAUAUAUCAAAUCGCAGCAGAUUUUAGUCACCGACCGCGAAGAAGUAUUCAGGCGGCUCGACUUCUAUUGCAAAGAAGAUGAAAAAAGCCCGUUUAGAAAGAUAUAUGAUGCCGCGCGACAUGCUGGCAAAAGCACAGAUGCCCCUCGCGUCGCUACGACGCCAUCGACUAAAUUGCCGACGACCGAAUUAACAGGAUCGCCAGCAUGCUGUGCACGAACCCCGGCCAAUGGCGAAUCAACGCAGAGUACUGCAUCAUUAGCCAAUCUGGAAAAUAGGAAGCGGAAGUUGUCCAUCACUCUUGAUCAAUCGAUGGCUCUCUCCAAUGAUAAAGGUGCCAAGAACCAUCCAGUCUCUUUACAACAACUUCAUCCCGUCAAGGCGAAAUCCAUGAAGGAUCAGUAUCACGAGAAGUACCUCGCCCACCAAGGGAUGACAACAGAGGUAACGAACGCUAGAGACGGGUCUGAAGCUCUACUGACAUUGUGCAAAUAG